GCGUGACCUUCCCGGGCGGCCGGGGAAGCGGCCAGCGCCGCCGCACACGUGCUGCGGGACCAGCGCGCCGCGCCUGGGGUGGGCGGCCGGGGUCGCCGGAGACUGCGGGGUCCUUGGCCUUCCCGCGGUGCUUACCUGCAGGAAAGGUCGUCCUCAUUUGCCCCCAAGUCGUGUCAGCUGGCCGCGGGCCUGCGCGCCGCCGGUGCCAGAGCGCCGGGAGCGCGGAGACGCUAUGAAUGGGAGCCGCGCGGGCUGCGGGGGGCGAGCCGGCCAGCGCUUGGGGCCGCGCGGACAAAGCUGGGAGUCGGCUCCCAAACCUGCUUCUCUGAGGCCCGGGGACGCGCGCCCGGCGGGCCCCUCAGCGGCAAAGCGGGUUCGCAUCCCAGCGCCGGGCUCUGGUGGCGUCCUGCGGUCCCCGCCUUAACCUGAAGCUGGAAUCUUCCCGGAGCAGUUCAUGUUCCCUGGUGGAAAAUGCGGCCUCAUCAGAUUCUCCCAUCUGAAAAAUUAACUUCCACAAGAAUCGGGAAAGACGGGAUAUGCAGUGCCCAUCAUAAGCUCCAGAGAGUACCUUCCACGGAGACCAGCAGAGGAGUGGGCAAACAUGAAGUCCAAUCCUGCCAUCCAAGCUGCCAUCGACCUCACUGCAGGGGCUGCAGGGGGCACAGCGUGUGUCCUGACCGGGCAGCCCUUCGACACCAUGAAAGUGAAGAUGCAGACGUUCCCCGACCUGUACCGGGGCCUCACUGACUGCUGUCUGAAGACCUAUGCCCAGGUGGGCUUUCGCGGCUUCUACAAGGGCACCAGCCCGGCGCUGAUUGCCAACAUCGCCGAGAACUCUGUCCUCUUCAUGUGCUACGGCUUCUGCCAACAGGUGGUACGGAAAGUGGUUGGAUUGGACAAGCAGGCAAAGCUGAGUGAUCUGCAGAAUGCAGCUGCUGGCUCCUUCGCCUCUGCCUUUGCUGCGCUGGUGCUGUGCCCCACAGAGCUUGUGAAGUGCCGGCUGCAGACCAUGUUUGAGAUGGAGACAUCGGGAAAGAUAACCAAAAGCCAGAAUACAGUUUGGUCUGUCGUGAAGAGUAUCCUUAGAAAGGAUGGCCCCUUGGGCUUCUACCAUGGACUCUCCAGCACUUUACUUCGGGAAGUACCCGGCUAUUUCUUCUUCUUCGGUGGCUAUGAACUGAGCCGAUCAUUUUUUGCAUCAGGGAGAUCAAAAGAUGAACUAGGCCCUGUGCCUCUGAUGUUAAGUGGUGGAGUUGGUGGAAUUUGCCUCUGGCUUGCUGUAUACCCAGUGGAUUGUAUCAAAUCCAGAAUUCAAGUUCUUUCCAUGUCUGGAAAACAGGCAGGAUUUAUUGGAACCUUUAUAAAUGUUGUGAAAAAUGAAGGAAUAACGGCCUUAUAUUCUGGACUGAAGCCUACUAUGAUUCGAGCGUUCCCUGCCAAUGGGGCACUAUUUUUGGCCUAUGAGUACAGCCGGAAGUUGAUGAUGAGCCAGUUGGAAGCACACUGAAGUGUCCUGGUGGGCAUGGAGCCAAGCACAGGUGUUGAGGACUACAGUUCAUCUCAGGGUUUAAUGGAGUACAAGACCAGAGUGGAAUUAUUUUGGUUUCUAGGGAAUUUUGUUUUUGUCUUCCCUUCUUCUACCCUAAAUCUUAGACUUUAUGGAAGGACCUCUAUUUUACAUCAUAUAGUUUUUGCCCAUGAGUGUAAUGAAAUAGAAAAGUUGCUGUUGCUUGGUAGAAUAUACAGGGUGGCCAGGGGCCCUACGCACCUAAUUUGAAAGGCUGAGUGUAGCCCUGUCAGAGUUUUUGCCUAAACCUGUACAUGCAGUUUGGACAGUUAUGUGAUGAGGGAAACACAAUUCGGUUCCAUGUUUAAUCUCAAGUAUUACCAGAAAAGCCCAGAGGUGACCAUAUUUCAUGAAGAUAGUUAUAAAUGAUUGCUUAACCCAUUCUAAUGUAGGGCCUCUUUUAAAGUCUGCUUAAUGUGUGUACUGUUCUAAGUGGUUGAACUGUAAAAAAAAAAAAAAAAA